AUGAUUUAAAUAAUUUUUCCUUCAUUUUUUAUUCUCCUCUAAUAAAUUCAUGACAAAAUUUCUCAAAAAAAUCCUCGUUUUAUUUCUAGAAUGUCCAUGCUUUUAAUGACCAAUUAGUCUGAUCAUAAAUAUGACUUUUUCUUUUGUAGCCAAUUGGCUCAUUAAUAAUAAUAGAUGAUUCCAUUGCUUAUUUUUAUUAAUAUGAAUAAUUAUUACAUUGAAAUACUCCAUAAUUUUGGAAAAGUCAAGACAAUACCUAUCGAUUUCAUUAAAAAUUUGAAUAAAGAUGUUUCCAACUUGUAUGAACUAUUCCAGAUGUUUGCUUAAAUGUUUGAAGAACAUCCAGAAAGUCCUGAUCUUAUUAUCCUAACCAUUUCAUUAUCUUAAGAUGUUCCUCUUUUUUACUCUGUGCAAUCAUUAAAUAAUUUAACAGUGUUGCUUUUCCAAGCUCAUAUGAUAGACUUGGCUAAAAAGGUAGCAAAAUUUAACUUAAAAUACUUUGAAUAAGACAUACCAUAACUACAUAUUAUCUCACAUUUGAACCUAGCCAGAAUUUACUAUUUCUUGUAAGAUUUCAAAAAAUGUCUUGCAAUUACUGAAAAGGCCUUAAUUCAUUAUGAACCAUAUGUAAGGUUUACAUUUUAAUUAGAUCAGAUUUUCAAAGAAAUAAAAAAUUCUUGCAAUCCUAAAGAUAUUGUUCUUCUUCUUAAUGGUUAUAUUUUCUAUGCAAAAACAGUGCAAAAUUUAUAAGUUCUUGGAUUUUGUUAAGAUUUAGAUUUUUAAUAAUUUUUUAUAAAUGGAGCCAAACUUGGUCGGAAGUAUUUGGGACCAUCACAUCACAUUACAAAGUUAUUUUUAUUUAGUGAAAGAGGAUCUAAUAUGAAAAAAAGUGUCAAUAACUAUAUUCCAUUGGUAUCAAUUAAAAUAUAUAAUUAUAGAAAAAAACAUAUGGCAAAAUAUUGAAUACUUAAAAAGUUUGUUUCUAAGUUCAUCAAUUACUGAAAACAUUGAAGAAAGGAAAAGCUCCUCUAUUUAAAAAUCCAAGACACAUUGAAAGAUCAAUUAGUGAAGCAUAAGGAUUUAAGACUUUCAAACGUCCUGAUUCUGUCAAGCCCUAAUCAUAAAGACAUGAACUAAAUUAAUUGUAAAAAAUUUAACCAGCAAACGUCUAAAAAGGAAGUUUUCGUAUCUAGUCUCCUAAGGUAUAUUAUUUGUAAAUUUAUUAGUUAAUUUAAAGCCAGUAAAUUUAACCUUAGAAUGAUCUUGAAUAAAUUAUAUAGAGAAAAAUAGACACUUUUAUGAAAUCUUAAAGUUAAAAGAAAUAAGAACCCAAAAUUAUUGAAUUGGAAAAAAAAAUUGAUGAAUUAACAAAAGAAAAUAAAAGAAUUUAAAAUUAAAGAAAGGAAAGAGAAAUUGAAGUUGAAGAAUUAAAAGAUAAAAUAACAUAGUUAAGUGCUGAGGCUUCAAAAAUUAAAUUUAGACUAUAAGAACAAGAGACAGCAUAGGAAAAGAUGAAAUAGUUAUAAUAAUAACAAUAAUAAUAAUAAUAAUAAUAAUAAUAAUAACAAUAAUAAUAAUAAUAGUAAUAAUAAUAAUAAUUAUAAUAAUAAUAGUAAUAGUAAUAAUAAUAAUAACAAUAAUAAUACUAAUUUUAAUAAUAAUAAUAAUAAUAAUAAUAGCAAUAAUAAUAAUAUUCCUAAGUUUCAACUUAAUAACAAUAAAGUUCCGAUUCCUAAGCUGCAAUAAUGUAAGAAAGAAUGAGCUUUGGUGUUGCUUCAAAUCAAUCUUAAAAGAUUCAAAAUUUAUCAAUAAAAAAAUAAGAAAGGUAAAGUACAAUUGAUAUUCAUAACCUAAUUAAUGGAUUAGUAGAUACAGAUGAACCAAAGAUUAAUAGUAUAUCUAUGAUAAAUGAUACAGAUUUUACAUUAGAUUUGAAUUUAACAAUAUUAGAUUGUAAUAAAUUUUAAAAUUAAUUUAGAGAUGGAUCAAUCUAAAUAAUAUAGUAUAAAUUUAACAACAGAUCAAACAAUUGUGAAAAAGGCUUUGAUUGAUAAUGUAUUGUAUGAAAUAUCUUGUGGUGUUGUUUAGAAGAAUAAAGAAUUGUCUAUUAAGAUUUCUUUAAAUACCAAAUAAGAACAUUCCACUGCAAAAAUAGAAUAUGUUGAAUUAUCUAUAAUUAAAGAUCUUAUUUAGUUCAUAGAUUAUAAGAAUGUAUUACCUUAUACUUAACAACUGAAAUGCAUUACAACCUUUAAAUAAUUUAUUUAAUAUUUGAUAAUUCCAUUUAUUUCAAUAAAAGAAGAUGAAGGAGAAUAAAAAAUAUCAAUAUAUGCAUAGCCAUAAAGUUUAUUAAAUGAUUGUGAUAAGAUUUAAUUAUGCGAUGAAUAUUGCAUUCCAUUAUUGUAUCCAUUAGAGGAUGGAAUAUUUCGUGUGUUAUUAAAUACAAUUGCAAUAGAUUUAUAAUUUGAUCAAAGCUCUUUAGAUUAAUUUUUUGAUGUAUAUGGUUAAGAUGAUUAUGAAAGAGAGGAAGUUUAAGAAAUGAUAAGAAUGUAAGAUAAUUUAGAAAAAUCAAAUGAUACAGUGNGCUGAGGCUUCAAAAAUUAAAUUUAGACUAUAAGAACAAGAGACAGCAUAGGAAAAGAUGAAAUAGUUAUAAUAAUAACAAUAAUAAUAAUAAUAAUAAUAAUAAUAAUAACAAUAAUAAUAAUAAUAGUAAUAAUAAUAAUAAUUAUAAUAAUAAUAGUAAUAGUAAUAAUAAUAAUAACAAUAAUAAUACUAAUUUUAAUAAUAAUAAUAAUAAUAAUAAUAGCAAUAAUAAUAAUAUUCCUAAGUUUCAACUUAAUAACAAUAAAGUUCCGAUUCCUAAGCUGCAAUAAUGUAAGAAAGAAUGAGCUUUGGUGUUGCUUCAAAUCAAUCUUAAAAGAUUCAAAAUUUAUCAAUAAAAAAAUAAGAAAGGUAAAGUACAAUUGAUAUUCAUAACCUAAUUAAUGGAUUAGUAGAUACAGAUGAACCAAAGAUUAAUAGUAUAUCUAUGAUAAAUGAUACAGAUUUUACAUUAGAUUUGAAUUUAACAAUAUUAGAUUGUAAUAAAUUUUAAAAUUAAUUUAGAGAUGGAUCAAUCUAAAUAAUAUAGUAUAAAUUUAACAACAGAUCAAACAAUUGUGAAAAAGGCUUUGAUUGAUAAUGUAUUGUAUGAAAUAUCUUGUGGUGUUGUUUAGAAGAAUAAAGAAUUGUCUAUUAAGAUUUCUUUAAAUACCAAAUAAGAACAUUCCACUGCAAAAAUAGAAUAUGUUGAAUUAUCUAUAAUUAAAGAUCUUAUUUAGUUCAUAGAUUAUAAGAAUGUAUUACCUUAUACUUAACAACUGAAAUGCAUUACAACCUUUAAAUAAUUUAUUUAAUAUUUGAUAAUUCCAUUUAUUUCAAUAAAAGAAGAUGAAGGAGAAUAAAAAAUAUCAAUAUAUGCAUAGCCAUAAAGUUUAUUAAAUGAUUGUGAUAAGAUUUAAUUAUGCGAUGAAUAUUGCAUUCCAUUAUUGUAUCCAUUAGAGGAUGGAAUAUUUCGUGUGUUAUUAAAUACAAUUGCAAUAGAUUUAUAAUUUGAUCAAAGCUCUUUAGAUUAAUUUUUUGAUGUAUAUGGUUAAGAUGAUUAUGAAAGAGAGGAAGUUUAAGAAAUGAUAAGAAUGUAAGAUAAUUUAGAAAAAUCAAAUGAUACAGUGAAACCGAAACAUAAGGUUUACAACAUUAGAAGUUAUAUAGUGAAAAAUUAAUAAAAAUUGACUUAAUUUUUAUAAAAAUUAGUAAAUGAUUUAGAAGAACUAUUAUAUAGGAUUUUUAAUGUUCAAAAAUUUUCAUAAAUCAAUAAAAUAUUGAGUGGUACAUAAAUAACUAUGCCAAAUAAAAGUUAAGCCAAAGUUUAGAUGUGUUUAAUAAAAAUAUGGGACAAAAAUACUUUUUAAAGAAUUAUCUUUAUAGCUGAUAAUUCAAGAGAAUAAUGUUUUGAGUUGUUUUUAAGCAAUACAUUUGAGACUUAUGGUAAGAAUAGAAUUAAUAGUAGGUCCAAGAAAAUCAAAAGUAAAAGCAAUGGGUCAUACAUAAAUUUAAUAUGAUAAUGUAUGCUAGAAAUUAGGAUUAAAUGUUAGUAGUCUAGAUCAAGUAGAUUCUCCUUUGAUAUGUAAUAUUCUGUGCAAUUGUUAUACAUUACUGACAUUUACAAAAGAAUUGGAUGCAGAUGAUUAAGAAAGAUUUAAAGAGAAUGCCAUUUUGCAAGUUGAUUUAUCAUGUGAAUGCAAUUGCAGAAUGUUUUUGAGUAAAAAUAAUAAUGAAGUUAGCAAACCAAAACAAUAUGUAUAAAAUACCACUUACAAUGUCUUAUUUGGGCAUCCAAGAUAAACCUAUAGGAAUAAGAGUAUAGAUUUAUGAUGUGCAUACAAAUACUGAACAAGGAAUGUUUUUAUCAAUAUCAAAGGAAACAUGGGACAAAUUAGAAAUAUAAGUUAAGGGAAAACAUUCAAGGAAAUAUACACUAUAGAAUAAGAUGAGUAGUGAAUAUCAUUUACCAUAAAUUUUACAGAAUGGAGGAUUUUAAGUGAUAAAAGAAAAACUUACAGUAGAAGAGAGCAAAACAUACAGAAUAAUACAUGGAAAACAUAUAUCUUUUGUCGAUAGAUUGGAAAAUGUCCUAAAUUCUUAUUCACUAUUAGAAUAUCUCAAUAAAAAGCUAUAAUCAUGA